AUGACUACCGCAAAGACUGUCAAGUCCGAGCAAGGACUCGGUAAUCGAGCUCUUCUGGACAAGAUGGACAAGCUGCGAGAGCUCGGCAUCUCCAACAUGGUGCCGCUCCCUCAGAUGGUUGUCGUUGGUGACCAAAGUGCUGGAAAGUCCAGUGUUCUGGAAUCUCUCACUGGAUUUCACUUCCCUCGCUCGGUGACUCUCUGCACUCGCCAUGCAACAGAGAUCAUCUGUCGUCGUGAAGAAACUGAGAGCAUCGUUGUCUCUAUCCAUGCUGUCGAUGCGGAUGAAGAACAAGCAAAGUCCUUUCAUCGCACUGCAACUAACCUCGAUGCCGAGGAGUUUGCUCAGAUAUUUCAAGAUGCUGCCAAGGUGAUGGGCAUCAAGUCUGAGUCUGGUGAUGGCUCCGCUGGCUCUGCCUUCAGUCGCGAUGUUCUCCGCGUCGAAAUCAGCGGCCCCAACGAAGAUCACUUGACUGUCAUCGAUGUUCCUGGAAUGUUUGAGAACGUCACUCCCGGCGUCACCACCAAGGAAGACAUUGAGCUCGUCAAGAACAUGGUACAGAAUUACAUCCAAGAAUCACGCACCAUCAUCCUCGCUGUCGUUCCUUGCAACGGCGACAUUGCGAACCAGAAGAUUCUCACCUACGCCAAGGAAGUCGACCCUGAGGGUAAGCGAACUCUCGGCGUUCUCACGAAACCUGACCUGGCUGUCGAACAAGCUACAAAGGGUGUUGUCAUUGACCUUGUGAACGGAAAGCGACGUGAUCUCCAGCUUGGAUACUGUGUUGUGAAGAACCGAAGCGCAGAUGAUAGUUCUUCCAGUCCUGAGGAGCGAACUCGCGCUGAGAAGGAGUUCUUCUCCAAAGCGCCUUGGACUACGCUAUCCCCUGACAGACUUGGUAUCCCGGCGCUCAAGGUUCGUGUCCAACAGCUCCUCAUGGACCGAACCAAGAGCGAGUUCCCCAAGGUCCGCACUGAGCUCGGUACUAAGCAAAGGGAAUGCGAGACGCUUCUCAAGUCGAUGGGUGAAUCUCGUAGUACUGAGGCGGAACAACGCAUCUAUCUUGGACACGUUGCCGCUCAGUUUGUACAAAUCAAGAACUUCGGCCUCGAUGCGUAUUACACGCGUCACAAGAUCUUUGAGAAUGAGGACUUGAAGCUCAUCACCCGUAUUCGUGAAAUCAACGAGGGCUUUGGACAGGUUCUUUACGAAAAGGGGCACACGCGAAACUUCUUUGUAUCAGGUGAGGAUGAAGCUGCGGAGACAAAUGAAACGAACGGUGCUACCGAUCAUGAGGAAUAUGAGGACGAGGAUGUCAAAAGAGGAGAACUGUACAACCAGACGACUUUCGCUAUCCCACUUCUUGGAGAAGAGGAUCUGGUUGAUGACAUUCUUUAUGAUGCCUAUCACUGUCCUAAACCUCACGGAGAGGACAUUUUGACCUACAUCGAGAAGGAGUACCUAACCUCGCGAGGUUAUGAGAUCGGAACCUUUAGCGGUGAGAUGCUUCCAGUCACUUUCAAAGAACAGUCCAAGAAGUGGCAGCCUAUGGCUCGCGCCCAUGUCUCCAACGCCAUUUUGAUCGUCCAUCACUUCAUCCGCAAUGUUCUCAACGCGAGCUGUCCUGACUCUUCUAUCCGCGAAGAACUCUGGGCAUUUAUCCUCGAAGAUUUGCAGAAUCGCUAUCGUCGUGCCGUUGACCACGUCGAGUUUCUACUUGAGGUUGAGUUUGAGGGCAAGAGCAUCACCUACAACCCAAACUUCAACGACUCUCUCAAUCGCCUCAAGUUCUCUCACAUCAAGGAUCUUGGUAAAGAGGUUGAGGCAACGAUUUUGAAGCCCUUGCCUGACAGUUACGAGGCAGCAGCUCAGAGAGCUCGUCAGCUUGUUGAAGAACAUCUCGAUCAAGAAACCACCCUCAACUCCACCCGACGGGACAUUCACAAUGUGCUCCAUACUUUCUACGAAAACGCACGCAGUCGUUUCGUCGACGUGGUAUGCCAACAGGUCAUCGACCAUUUCCUUCUGCACGCACCCAGCGGACCCCUUUCGGUUCUGUCUCAGGAAGUAGUCCUUCGUAUGACAGCAGAAGAACUCGAGGCUAUUGCUGGCGAAGACAUGCUCAGUCGAGAUCGUCGUGAGAAGUUGACCCGUGAUGUGGCCAACCUGAAAGAAGCGCUCAAGGUUCUCCGCGGAUGA